AUGACACAUGUUUCUCAUGCCUCAUGUUCCCAUGCAGGAAUCUCUGGCUCGAAAGAUGUCUAUCACCCCCUGGGAACUGACAGAAAGGCCAACAGGGAUUUGGCAAUGAGCGUGAUCUUUCUAUUACUGAUGAUGGUUGGGAUUCUGGGGAAUUUCUCUUUUCUUUGCCAUUAUCUCUUCCUUCACCUGACAGAAUGCAGGGCAAGGUCCACAGAUCUGAUUCUCAAGCACGUGAUUGUGGCUAAUCUCUUAGUUAUUACUUCCAAAGGAAUCCCCCAAAUGAUGACAGAUUUGGAUGUGAAAUAUUCCCUUAGUGAUUUUGAAUGCAAACUUGUUUUCUAUGUUCACAAAGGGGGCAGGGAUGUGGCCAUUGGAACUAUCUGCCUCUUGACGGCUUUCCAGGUGGUCAUGAUCAGUCCCAUGGACUCUAGGUGGGCAGGGCUUAAAGUGAAAUCUCUGAAGUACAUGGGCACCUCCAACAUCCUCUGCUGGGUCCUGCACAUGAUGCUAAAUAUUAUUAUGCUUUUCGUUACAACCAGUAAAAGGAGCAAUACAAACACAACAAGGAAAAGAGAUCAUGGCUACUGUUAUUCCAUAACUAGUGGCUAUAUAGCAGAGUUACUGUAUAUAGCAGCAGUAUUGUUCCAUGAUGGUUUUUAUUUGGGGCUCACAAUCUGGGCCAGCGGCUCCAUGGUUUUCAUCCUGCACAGACACAAGCAGCGGGUCCAGCACAUUCUUCGGAACAAUCCCUCUGCCAGAUCCUCCCCUGAGACCAGAGCCACCAAGAGCAUCCUUGUCCUGGUGAGCACCUUUGUGUUCUUGUGGGCACUGUCCACUUUCUUGCAGAUUUGUUUGGUAGUGUAUAACAACCCCAGCCUGUGGCUGAAUAACACUUCUAUGCUAAUCACCGUGUGUUUCCCUGCUGUCAGUCCCUACAUCCUCAUGAGUUAUGACUCCAGACUGUCUACCCUCUGCUUUCCUUGGAAAGGAACAAGAAUCACUUAA